AUGCUUGUCCAAUCGCGCCUCUCGCGCGGGCGGGCGCGUGACGUAUGGCGGCUCUAUGCAGAGCCCUUGGCUUCGGCGGAGCGGAUCCUCCGGCAAAGGCGCUUGGAGCAGUGGAGGUGUGUUGCCCGGCUCCUGUGGCGCUUUAAGACCACGCUGCCCUUCGUGGCGCUUUCUUCUGUGCUCUCCAUGGUGCUAGGUGCCUUUUCGGCGAUGCGCUACCAUUACCAAGCCUCGGUCAUCAACUUGGCGAAAGAGGCCGUCACGAGUUCUUCGGGCCCAGCGCGGGCCAAGCACGGCAUGCAGGAGCGGGAAGCCAUUGGAGCGAUGGUGGUCAGUGAGAUGAUUCUUCAGCUGGCGGAAUUUGCACGUGGACGUUUGACCUUGCGGGGGAAGACCAAGGUCGUGCAGGAGUUGAAGGUGGCACUCUUUGGAGCACUGCUGCGACAAGACUUGGAGUAUUUGGAGCAGUGUGACCUUUGGCAGCUCCGCUCCCUCAUCGGCAGCUGCGGCACGACGAUUUCCCAGGUCGUGGACUUCCCCGCCACGUUGCUGGAGGCGGCCGUGCGGUUGUUCACUGCUGUGCUGGCGCUGGGGAGGCAGAACGGCCGCCUGGCGGCCUUCCUCGGGGUAAUGUUGCCGGCGAGGUUCCUUCUGUCGCAAGCGCUCCAGCAUUGCGAGGAGCGCUUGGAGCAAUCUGCACUGCCAGACUUCAAGGGGCAGAUUAAUAGCUGUUGGAGCUGCUUAGUGCAGCCUGCCUCCCUGCGGACCAUGCGCGCCUUUGCGCGGGAGCCUCAUGAGCUCAAAACCUUUACACGCUUCCUGCAGGUGCAUGAGGAGCUCCAGCAACGGAAGAUCUUGAUUUUCAGACUGAUGCAGCCGCUGCAAGCUCUUCUCGAACACGCCCUUGAGAUUGGCACUCUCUGGUACGGCGGGCGCCUGGCGCUACGAGGAGACAUGGACUUUGGCGAGCUCUCCUCUGCAGUGCUGGUGGCCACGGGCGCCUUUGAUGGCGCCAGGUUUGCACAGGCUGCUGCUGCCAAUGUCUCUCGCCAGGCCUUGGGACCCCUGGCGCAGAUGGCGCAGCUCUUGGCACGGCGCCCGCGCAUCGGACGCUGGGAUCUGGACUGGUCCGGUGCCGAAACAGACCAGGUGACAUUUUCGUAUCAGCAACGUGGUGUGGAAGUCUUGAAGGGGCUGUCCUUCCAAGUGCGCGAGGGUGAGUUCUUGGGCCCCUUGGUCGGAGGAAGUCAGUGGUUUUGGGGCUGGUCUCCCGAGCAGGCCAAGCAGUCCCAUUGUCAGGACGGCAUUUUGGGAACGACAGGCUCGGGGAAAUCCACGGUGCUCUCGUUGAUGUUGCGGCUCUACGAGCCGACCAGUGGACGAAUCUUACUGGAUGGGCGAGAGAUAAAGGACUACAACCCUUUGUGGUUGCGCUACCAUAUCGGCUUUGUGAGCCAGGACUUGGUUCUGUGCAACCGCACCGUGCGCGAGAAUCUCCUGUACGGGGUGGCCGAAGCGGCGGAGGUGGUCGGCGAUGCGGCGGCCAAAGAGGCGUUGCGCGUGGCGCAGUGCGAGGAGACCUUCUUCAACACUGAAGCUUUCCCCAACCUUUGGCACACGGACGUGGGCGUGGGCGGCAGUGAUCUGAGUGGCGGGGAGAAGCAGCGCUUGGCAGUGGCCCGGGCGAUCGUGAAGAAACCGAAGCUUUUGAUCUUGGACGAGGCCACUUCAGCCCUGGAUGAGAUCUCCCAGGCGCGACUGCAGGAUGAGAUCGAGAAGCUUCGGAAAGAGGACGGGCAUGACAGUGAUUUGUGUGGCUCAUCGGCUCUCGAACCUCGCGCGGGCAGAUCGCCUGCUGGUCUUGCAGGAGGGUCGCUUGGUUGA